AUGCUCAAGACCCGGGGUGCUGCCGAAAGCGCCAUUCAUAGCGCUGCAGGCAACCCUGCCUUUAUACCUGCCGGUAUCAAUCUUGUUGGAUAUAGUUUGAUAUAUUUACAGAGGUCUUUUUUCUAUUUUCACCGCUUGAAACUUAGGAACAAUACGCACUUCCGCGUUAACUUCUUGCACAACGAUUUAGCCAAUAUGGUGCUCACGGUUAAUCUAUCUCUCAACGACCUCCACAUAGUUGGCGCUUAUGAACGAAUGAUCUAUUAUAAAGACUGGACCAAAUUAUUCUACGCCCCUACCUUCGGAGAAGUAGAAUUUCUACUAAGAAAUGUUCAGUACACCGCGGAAGGACGGUAUCGCCUAUUACGAGACAAACUGUGGAUUGAACUCAUUGUGUCUGAUUUAGACGUAAGCGACAUUGUGAUUAUGUUUAUAAAUAAGCAAAAAGAAAAUAAACCUUUUCCUUUCGAAACAAAUGUUGUAGGAUUACUGAACCUGCUGAAAAUUAAUUUGGAUAAAUGGUUAAAAGAUUACAUUAACGAUAACCUAAUGUACUAUGCAGGAAACAAAGCUAGUGCGAAUUUUCUAAAAUAUAACCAAGAAAAAACAAUCGCUCUCAACGAAUAUGCAGAUUAUGUACUGGAGAAGAUAAAUAAGAGAGUUCAUUUAAAAGGACAAACUGUAUGGUCGGCUCCUAAGUUUAAUAUUAAAGCUAUAAAUGGAGUGAAAAUUAUAUUCCAUUGGACUAAAUACAAAAACUAUCACAGAAUUUAUAGAAGAUCAUUUGCGACUUGCAAAAAGGAUGGUAAAUUGCGCAAAAUAGAUACCAUUGUUGGUCUCAGCAAUUUAGAGGUAUAUAUAGAAUACGAAGCUGUAACUCAUACGGGAAAGGUAUUAAAGGAAUAUAUAGUUGUAUCAGUUGAUGAAAUUAUAGCUCACAUGGGCGUAACUCUGACUAAAGAUCCAGAAACUUUUGAGAUAAGAUUAGAUUCUAUACAGCACAUAAAGUAA